AAUAGCUACCUCAGCAGCUUUCCAUGUGUGUAUAGUGUGUACAUACAUAUAUGUACGUACACACGGGGAACAUGAAUAAGUAAAGCUUUACCAGGAACAGAGCAGAUAAACAGUCAAGUAAUAACAGAUCAGCCGUCUAGCAAUGCCUUCUAAGAUAGAGAGUUAACAUGGCAGCACCUAUGGAGGCACGAGGACUGCCCACAUACCCUGUAUGGGUGGGUGAUCUGCAAGACAAUGUCAAUGAGAAUGACCUUCUUCGAAUCUUCACCCCUCAUGGAACUAUUGCUAACUGCAAAAUCAUGAGAGACGAAAAUGGAGUCUCUAAACAUUUUGGGUAUGUCAAUUUCCUUGCUGAGGAUGAAGCGGAGACGGCAGCUCGUUCACUAUCUGGCUUCCAGAUCGAGUACCACUCGAUAAAAACAAAAGGUCCUAAGAAACUAAAAGAGGAGAAGCACUUACAAGUACAUGUAAGCCCCUCUUCGGGUCGUCAAAUGUUUGAUUACCGACCGCUGACAGACUGUUCGUUUGGACAGAGCUGUAAGAAGGGGCAAAAAUGUCCCUAUCGCCAUGUCCCUAAUAUGGAGAGCAACCCUUUAUGUCCACAGUGGCAGGCCAAGAACUGCUACAACGCUGACUGUGUAUACAGACACCCUGGGGGGAGGGAGGGGUCAAAAGAGCCCUCCCCCCAGCCGCUGUAUGCAACUGUCGGAGAGCUGGUUAAAUGUGACGGCCGCUGUGGACUGGAAUCCUGUAAGGCCCACUUUCAGAGUCAAGAAGAUCUGGCCAACCACAUCCGAUUGACCAGAAAGCCUCAGUGCAGACAUUGUCGAGCCAUCUUCAUGUCUGAGGCAGAUUACCUGGAGCACAAAAUGGCCUGUCCCGCCAGACUAAUCUCGGACUCUACGGACCGCUCGAGUGAAUCGGCAGACAUCGAACAACUCACAGAUUCUUCAGAAACAGACGAGGAAGCUCCUUUAACCAGCAGUCAAUACCUGACCCACUCUGAGGUUCAAAGGUCGUCGUCGGCACAAGCUAUAGGGAAAGGGUCACCUACAAAGAAUCCACGAAAACUAUCGGCAGGUGCCGAAGUUAAGGCCAAACGAAGGCACAGAGGACGGAGAGCAGGAAGAAAGGGAUCAAAUACAUCAGCUACUAGUAACGGCAAUAAAACUGAUAGCGAUAUGUUUACGAUGGCUGUUGGCGCUCUUAAUAAAGGGGGGUUGAGUUUCUCCCAGUAUGAAAUAACCAGGGAGGAUUCCGAUUCCGAUUCCGACGUGGAACCGAAUGAGGACGGCACUCAUAGACCGGAGUUAAACAGUUUGAUGAGUGUGAAUGAGAUGGACAUGUACGAUAGUGACGAGAAUGGGGAUGUGGAGUCUAAGGCAAGUAAGGCGGCCCAUAAAAAAAGCCCCGCCCACUCAGAGCAUGUUCGUGGACGUCUAGAACCUGUGGGAGUUUUCUGGGAUAUAGAAAAUUGUCCGGUGCCUCAAAACAAGAGUGCAUUCUCGUUAGCGGGGAAAAUUCGGAAUACUUUUUUUCAGGGGAAGCGAGAGGCAGAGUUUAUGUGUGUCUGUGACAUCACUAAGGAGAGGAAGGAAGUCAUGGACGCCCUUAAUAAAGCUCAUGUCACGCUUGUACACGUGAGUGCAGUGGCCAAAAAUGCUGCUGACGACAAACUACGUCAGAGCCUGAGGCGAUUCGCUCACACCUACCCCCCUCCCUCCACUGUGGUGCUAAUCUCAGGAGAUGUCAACUUCUCGCCUGAGUUAAACGAUCUGCGGUACAUUCACAACAUCACCAUUGUGCUACUACAUAGCUCACAUGCGUCGGUGGCUCUCAAGGACUUUGCUAACACGGCGAUCGACUUUGAGAGCUUCAUUGCGGAUGUGGGCUCAAUGACUCACACUCCAAAGCAGCCGAUCCUCUCCCGUAUUGUGAUAGUCUCCAACAUCCCCCGAGGCCCUCCUAUUCCUAAGAUCAAGAAUCGUCUGGACCAGCUGUCAGAUAAUUGCGGGGGCAAAGUGCUCAAAGUGGACCCUGACCGUGGGACCGCCAGGAUCCUCUAUCGGACCAACGACUGGGCCGUCAAAUCAAUGAAGAGAAUGAACGGUGAAAAUGUGUUUGGCCUCAAGAUAAAAACACAGCUGGAGCCACCGAGCCUCUACGAUACAAAGAUCCAACAGAUGCAAAAUAUAUCGGGCCCCGAUCUAGCCAGAAGUUUCCCACCUCGAGCCCCGCCCCAUCCUGCUAACGUCCCCGGAUUUCGUUCCCCAAAUCUUCCUCAACGAAGAAUGGACCACUACCCCCCACCUAGAGGUCACCCCUCAAAUGCAUUCCCCCCUCCACGGGUCAUGUAUGCACCACCACCACCACGCCCCCAUAUCAAUAUGGCUCCGAGGUUUCCUCCUAGUGUGCCUGGAUCUCCGCCCAGUUCCUGGAACCCCACACCCCUAGGCUUACAGCUCCCCCCUGGUCCGAUCAAGCGUCCCGACGGGAAGAUCCUGGUGUACAAGAUCCCGCCAGUGCCUGAAGCUGAUAUAGACAAGCUGAACGGACAUGUGGUAUCGUUCAGACUGGCAGCCUCUGUCAAGGCCUCCCACCUCAUUCUGUGGCACAGCUACUCUGAGCUGCAGGUGCUGCUCAAGGUGGACUUCAUCCAGACCGCCCUGGUUCGCAGGGAGGAGAUGGUACGAACACUGUACGAGAGGGGGGAGUUACGACCAGAGAUUGCUAAGAAGUUUCUUGAGGACUGUGUGGCCUCACUGUUGGAGGUGGGGCUUCGCCAGGCCCUCCCCUGGGACGUCACUCUGUGCGGCUGGACACCAGACGAAGAGGAGGAACGAGUCGUGAGGUCAAAGGUCAUCCACCUACUCAGACAAAAUGUUCCCACCUACUGGACCAAGUGGGCCAACUUCAAGAAACGAUACCUGGACAUGUACUCAACGGCAAUCAGUGAGAUGGCGGUGCACAAUGCUUGUCGGGGGGCGGUCCAGAUACUAGGGGACACGGCCAGUACUCAGUCACAGGUGAUCGUGUUCUACGAACUGAGUCCCCUGCUCAAAUUGGGCACGAACCGUCAAGUCCAUUCGGUGCUCAGAAAGAAGUUCGAGACAUUCCUGCACUCUCUACCAGACAAUAAAGUGAAGCUACUUGACUUUGUGCUUGAGUUUGUAAACUCUGGUGGUGGUUGUCUGCCCCAUUACACGAGUGGGAAGCUUCUUCAAGAGCUCCUCGGUAGCAUCCCCAAUGUAUCCCUCGUUGGGGGUCGGCCAUCCACCAUUUCCGUGGUCCUCUCACCGCACGGUGUCCCGCAAUCUAUGCCCCCUGCACAGGCACCUAAAAAUCUGUCAGGAAUCUCAGCCGCUUUCCUUAACCUCAUCAAGCACAGCCCCCCCUACUUUGAGCUACCUUUCAGUCAGUUCCAGCAGGCGUACCAGACUUUCUAUCACAAGUCGUUUAGAGUGGCAGACUACAUGAAAGACGGGUCCACUGCUCGUGACCUGAUCCUCGCCUGUGAUGGAAUCACGCUGAAGGAUGUUCUCCGGCCCAGUGGUGCAAGAGAGACCAUGGUGGUGCGGCAACAACUCGAAUCGACUCCACAAAAGGAGCCACUCUUACCUCGUCCACAGCCGACUGCACAGAGAGAACCUCUCUUACCUCGUCCCACAACACCUGUUAAGACAGUGAUCAAUGAACCCAAGGACAUCUCAGCUCUCUCCAAAGAUUUUGUCAAUUUCUUGAAGCAAACUCCCAACAAUGAACUACCUCUGAGGACAUUCCAGCAGAAUUUCCAGUCCUUCUAUCACAGGUCUGGGUUCAGAGUGUCAGAUUAUCUCCCAGAAAGCAACAGUACAAGACAGCUGAUCGAGGCUUGUCCAGGCGUCAUGUUGCGAGAUGGGAAGACAGAAACUAUGGUUCGACUCAAUGAACCCAAGGACAUCUCAGCUCUCUCCAAAGAUUUUGUCAAUUUCUUGAAGCAAACUCCCAACAAUGAACUACCUCUGAGGACAUUCCAGCAGAAGUACCAGUCCUUCUAUCACAGGUCUGGGUUCAGAGUGUCAGAUUAUCUCCCAGAAAGCAACAGUACAAGACAGCUGAUCGAGGCUUGUCCAGGCGUCACGUUGCGGGAAGUUCCGUUCCAAGAUGGGAAGACAGAAACUAUGGUCCGACUCUCUACCAUGGUAAAAAUGCAGCCCAAGCAGAAAAUCUCACUUUCUAGUGCUGCCAGUGUAUCUACAGAGCCUCCAUUAACAGCUUCAGCUUCCCCUCAAAAAACAGACACGUCUGCAAUUGACGAGAUCCCCAAAAGAUCUGUGAAGCUUUUCAAGAAAGACUGCAUUGAAGUUCUCAGCUCCCUGCCAGAAAGGAAGACAUUGCUUACCAAAUACCCAGUGGCAUAUUUAAAACUUAAACAGGAGCAGUUUUCUCUGGUCAAAUACAAUGCAAAGAAGUUAGUGCACCUUAUGCAAGCAAUACCAGAUGUUGUUAAGCUUACUGGAGAUAGGGACCUGAAAUUGGUUGAGCUUAUUGAUAUUCCAGAAGCCACUAACACAGAUAGUAUCACUUUAUGUGAGAAACGAAUAGAACGAUUGUUGUACAGUCUUCCCGACCAUCAGAUCACGUUGGAUCGUUUCAUGUUUUCAUACGAAAAUUGCUAUGGAGAAAGGCUUCAAUUCUAUGGGCAUCCUAAACUGCUCAAACUCCUUGAAAACCUUCCGAAUUCCACACUACAGUUUGAAGGUGAGGGUGCCCAGAGAAAAGUGUUUCUUGCGCCACUAACGCUAUUUGGCUAUGAGAUAGAGGACCUACUUUCUGCGCACCCUAAUGGCUUACCCAUCAAUGCUGUGGUACCCACUUACAAGGAAAGAUUUGGCAAAAGCUUUCAGAUCUCAAAAUAUGGUGUCCCCAAACUGAUCAAAGCUCUGGAGGCCAUCACUGAUGUUAUUGAGCUUAAAGGGGAAGGAGCUUCUAGAACCGUUCACCUUAAACCUCAAAGAGGCAGAAGCAGAGGCAGAGCCAAUGCACCUGCUGUCUCCAUGCUCCCCGAAAUGGACGUGCUAGUUGACGAGGUCACCGCUUUGAUGGUCAGUCGCAACACCAACACAAUGACCCUCUCUAACCUCACUAAGAAGUACAAUGACUCCUUCCGUCUCCCCAACAACCAGCCUGUAGAGGCAAGUCAGUUGCAAAUGGCUCUCAAACAACUGAGCAACUUUAAGGUUACGGCUACACAAGUUGAGUGGUUACAAUUGGCCAGUCCUCCUGCUAAGAAACAAAGUGCUACCAAACCACCACCUGUUCCCAGCCCCCCAGAUAUUCAAAUGGGUAAAAUCGAUUUCGAUGAAAUGCCGGCUUUAAUCUCGGCAAGUCCAUCUAAAGCAAAGACCACAGAAUCACCUUUUGGAUCACCUCAGAAAGAUCCUGAGAGACUCGCCUCGGAGACCAAGCGUCUAUUGCUACGGCAUCGUGAACACGCUCAAACCCUGUCAGAGCUGGCGGCGUGCUUUAGGGAGGCACGGGACCCCGCCCAUCCCACAGUAGAGACCAUGUACGAGAGCCUGUGUAAGAGGACCGACAGAUUCGAGAUUGGAUACAUAAAAGGGUCUGUUGGGGACUCGCUGGUUCAACUCAAUCGACAGGACUGCCUGUUUAAGCUCUCCUUGGACCUCCAAUAUCUCUUUGUGCACUGUCCUUCGUCAGCGCACUCCAUGCCACUCUCUGAACUGGAAGUCUUGUAUGCAGAUUGCUUUGGGCACAAGCUCAGCUGUGCCGUAUACGGGUCGCCCACUGUAGAGCUAUUGUUUGACCACCAGCCAGUUAAGAAUGUAGUGAAGUUUGAACCAACUACUCAACAAUGCUCUCUCACUGACACCAGUCGACAGCUGGUUCUGGUCUUUCUUCUUUCGGAGCUGAUUUUUGUUAAGGGCCACAACAGAACUCUCCCGCUCACAGGUUUACCCCAACUGUAUCGGGAGUACUUUGGAUGUCAUCUCAGUCCAAGCAGCUUCGGAAUGAAAAAAAUUGUAGCUCUGUUCCAGCUACUAAAAGUUAAACAAAACAUUUCCUUGGAUUCAUCCAACUCCACCCUAGUGCUACGAAUUCCUAACUAUGCUGCUGAGCAGUUGAGACACCUCUUGACAAUAAACAAUGGACGCCUGCCAUUCAACGAAUUGGAGGCCAAGUACGAAGAAUCCUUCGGUUAUCAAGACGGCAUUGACAUUCAAAAAAUUGGAAAGACUUUAGUACAAACUGCUUCGAAUGUAGUUAACUUUGCUGGCAAUAAGAAGUGGCUUGUGUGGGCUCCCAGUGGUCGACCCUACCCCCCACAUCGUAGGGCUCAUGCAUUACCCCCUACAGACAACGGCCAAUUACCAAGUGCAGGAAAUAGUGUAGAAUGGCCAUGUUUUGACUCUGUUGCUCAGGCCACACCCACAACAGAACACUCACCUGUGGACGUAUCCACUACAGACAACGGCCAAUUACCGAAUGCAGGAAAUAGUGUUGAAUGGCCAUGUUUUGACUCUGUCGCUCAGGCCACACCCGCAACAAAACACUCACCUGUGGACGUAUCAGUUGUCACAACAACACAAACUAGUACUGUGGCCACAUCUAUUACCCCGCCCAUUACAAUGGAGGGACCACCUCCUCUGCUGAUUUGCAACAAACCAAUACCAGCUCCUCGAACUUUGGUGCCCAUUGAUUCUGCAAUAAAAAAUAAUCAGGACGAAAUACAGGAAGACACUUUCACUACAGCAUUAGCUGAAUCCUCUUUUCCGUCAACAAUUAGCAAAGUUUCAGAUCCUACCGAUCUUCCUUCAACUUUUGAUGAGCUCAGAUCUUUGUUAGAAGCUACCAAAUGUGACUCACCUGUCACUCCCCCUCUCGAGGUAACGGUAGAUCCCUCUCCAUAUGGGUUCCUUGAGAAAGAAUUAGGUCCUGAAUUGAUGGCUGAACUUAUCUCCAACGCCCACUCUUUUGACGAUAAUAUUGCCUCUGAGAGUCAACCAGACCUCUUUGACUAUCUCGAUGAUGACCUUCCACCCCCAAGUGACCCUUCUCUCGAUGACACGCUUGAGAAACUGAUACUAGUUUCUGAAGCUAUGGCUAGGGGGGAGCCUCUUCCAAAGUUCGGUAAAGAGGAAGAAGAAAAGGUUGAACGAACAGUUUUAGACGACUCUAUUGAACCAAUAGAUUAUCUGACGACUGGUAUGAAUCCGGAGCAAGUUUUAGAAGAGUUCAAGAAAGCCAAGGAACGGUCAGGAGGAGCUCUCACGCCAUCCUUGAUGGAUCCGUUUCUGACAUAUUUUGGCGAGCUUUCUGGACAGGCCAUUGAGCAGUUGGAGGCUGAAGAGCGCAAGAAAAAACCAAAGAAGGCUCCUAGGAAAAAGCCAACAAUGGCUAUACGUUUUCCAGGCCAACCUCCUUUGGGUACUAGCGCAAGUCAGUCUGCAACUGCUGCUGCAAUUAGCAGUGAUAAUGACAGGAGCUCCUUCUCAAGCUCAUCUGGGGUUUGUCUUUCUCAGAACUCUGGAUCUGACGAAGGCCAUGGUGACAAGCAUUCUCAUGAAAUGGGUGUGGUAUCUAGUCACAUGACUGAGCCGGAAUCUAUCUCGGAAUCACAGAAACCUGGCGUGGGUGAUACUUCUCAAUUUUUGAAAGGAAAUAUUUCGGUAGGGUCGUCAUCAAAGAUUGCUUCGAUUCGGGAGAAGUCGGUGUCCGACUGGCGUCCGUUUUUAUUGGCAGCUGUCGACUACACACCGAACCGAGAAGCCGUAUCCUCUGGUGCUCAGGAGUCUGUUUCCGAGAGUACCGAUUCCGUAUCUGAUGUCGAUUAAAACUUUACGCACAUGCACCAUUACGCUGUAUAACUUAGUUAUAACUGUUAUGCUCAUUCUUACUAUAAUUAUAUAAUUAUGUUAUUUUUUGUGACUUACUAGUAGCAUUGGUUGGGUUUAAUUAUUAUGCCCUCCAAUGUGGAUAUUGGUUUUUGUUUGUUUAGUGGGCAGAUAGUACCUUGAACUGGCCGGAUUUCACUAGCAAAUAAUUUUUGUUUAUAUUAUAAUACUCUUAUAAUUAAGCUUUACCGAACUGCUUAAAUUUACAUCUGUUAAUUUGUUUUUCUUAUUACAGACUUUAAUGAACUCCCGCUGUAUGAAUUGUGUUCAUUUACAUGCCUAUACAUAUAAAAAUUGUUUUAUGAAACUAA